CCGCGAGGUUACAAACGCAAAUUCAAAUUGUGUUCACGCUCGUGUGGGGUUUUCGAGUUUCAUAUGUACAGUCAUUCAUCAGCAUAUUAAAUAAUUAAGCGUUUCGAAACUACUAAAUUUAGGACCUGACUCUCACCAUGGAGCAUGAGGAAUAUGCCCGUGAGUUGGCUGCUCAUUACAAAAUCAGUCCACAGUUACCUUAUCACUCCAUCAUUGAAGAACUAAAGAAUGUCCUUGAUUCCAAACGUUCGGAUUUACAAAAACUAUACAAGAUGAAAGCUGCUGUUCAGAAACUGCAAGAUGCUGCAGGGAAGAGUGUUACUGCUAUCGUACCUUCGAGCAAUGAUUUCAUGGCCUCAUCAAAUUUGUCUGGAUCUAAAGAAAGCUAUACGCUGGAUCGGAAAUCUAGUCGUGUCACUACAUCAGCGGUUAUUAAAGGUAUCAACAGUGACAUUCAAGACCUUGCGGACGAUAUAGGCGAUUUGGAAACAUCACUUCUUUUACUAAAGCAUUAUCAACCCAGUUUAGACCAACAAAGUGCUUUUUCUAAGUCAAAUAAUCGUGGUGAUAGUGUAGAUCAGCGCCUCUUAGAACUUCAGAAAGCGUUGGACAUAGAGCUACAGGUUCGCAGUGGAGCAGAACGUCUUACCCAAACGUACAAACCGGGUCCCCGUCAUCUUCAUGAGGAGGCCAAAAAACAGUAUGAGAAUGCUAAUAGUAAAAUCGGAUUUAUUCGAAAUCAGAUGAUCCGAGUCAAGCAAAUAAAUGAAGGGUUUUCCCAGCCAGAUACUUCGGAAAAUAUAUCUGACACAACCAAAGCAAAUGGCUCUAUCAACACCUCUUCUGUUUCCAAUAAUCAAGAGAGUUUCCUUAUAUGGAAGGAUAAAGUAAUGGAAUUAGCACACCGUUUACGAGUUGAAAGAGCUUUGUUCGUGGGGAGUAAAAAGGCUGUUAGUGCCGUUUUAGACAACCAAGUUCAUGUGGACAAAUCUAGAAAAUUACAGGCGUUACAAGAGGCUCGUGAGUCUCUCCAUAGGCUUUACUUAUUUCAAGAAUCAAUCAAGCCACUUUUAAAAAAACCGCCACCAACACAGUUCCCCGAAAUGAUUUCUGCUAUCGUCGAUGAUCCUGAGAUGACUGUACUUUUAUCCUCACCUUGGAGUAGUAAUACUUCGUUUCAUGCCAGUAGCUCACUGUUAAUUCCCAGUCCACCCACUGCAAUCACUGGAAGUUUGGAGGUUCGCUGCUUAGGUUGUCAGGAUAUCGUUGAUCAUUUCCCAGCUGAAAUUGUAAAUAAUGAACUUUCUGGCACAUCGACAACCCGAGUUAAUUCUCUGCCAUCAAUUUUGACAUCUCGCACAUCUGAUAAUCACUGGGCGGAUGUUCGAUGCUCUUUAUUGAUUGAUCAUAAACGUGUAUGGGAUUCACCUUGGCGUCAACCUAAUCAACAGUGUUGGGACUCAAAAACUACAUUUAAUAUCGACCGCGGUAAAGAACUGGAAGUUCAGGUUUAUUGGAAGCGUAUGUAUCUUCCAAGUUCUUUUACCAGUCCUUCAGGGUCCUCUGCUUCAUCCAAAAGUUCUUCGUCUGAGGAUUCUGGUUCUGGAUUAGAAUGGGUUUUAGCAGCUGUAAAUUAUGUACGCCUUGAGGAACUACUUGGUGGUGAAUCACGUUCCAUAAUGCUUCCAAUGUUACCAAUGGGUAAGGUUUUCCUUGUCCUUAAAUUCUCUGAUCCUCUUCUUUCCAAACCUCGAUGCGGCUUACAUCGUCAGAAACGCUUAUUUUCUAAGCGCAAAGGACACAAUAUUCCUCGUAUUAAUGAACUUGAUAUUAAUGUACCCUUAUGGACUCGUUUGCUCAAGAGCGGCCAGCUAUCUAAAAUGAAUCGUUCUGCUGUCAGUGGUUCAUGGACACUCAGUCACUCAGGAGAAUAUGGAUCUUCAGGAUCUGUAAUGAUGCAUGGUCUAGAGGGUCGCUUUCAACAGCUUAAUACUUCUCUUAGUGGUUCACCAGUUUCUUCUCAGGCUUGUAACGGCAAAUCUCGUUUAAAUACUCCUAAAUAUCAAAAAUCACCAUCUGCCUUCCCCACCAAAUCAGUCAAUAUUACUAAUACGACUAUUCAACAACGUCCGUUAGUUACAAUUGUUCGUGAACCAGAUGCUUUACGGGGAAAAAAAUUUUCAUUGACUGAAAAGGAAAUAAAAAUCCUACCUGAAAAAUCUCACUUAGGUGAUGAUGUUAUCGACUAUUCACUGACAUCCCAUCGUCGUCCAACUGCUAUUGGAAUCGAAUCUUCAUUUGCACCGGAUUACGAUGUUGCUCCAGUUAUCAUAGAAUAUGACGUGGACAAUAACACCUCCUAUAAAACUCUUAUCCCCUCCCGUGUUUCAGACUACGCCAGUCCAGAACACCUGGGUACUGAAGAAGCGAUAUCUGAUGGUCAGAAAGAUGCUGAUUCUCGUUCUGCAGAUUAUGUUAAUAUGGAUGUGCAACGAUCUAACUCUGGUCCUGUCGUACUGUCGUCAGAAAAGAAAACAAAAGAUAUUCUCACUUCAGAGUUUCCGCGUACUUCAGUAUCUGAAGUUUUUACUGAAUCGCCGUCAAACAAAUCCACAGCAGUUCUCAGCAUGAUUGAUUUCCGCACUGUAGCUGUACUUGGACGUGGUCAUUUCGGCAAAGUAUUGCUAUCUCAAUACCGUCGAGAUAAUAAGUAUUACGCCAUAAAGGCUUUAAAGAAGGCGGAGAUAAUAUUUCGUAAUGAAGUUGAUACAUUGAUGACAGAAAAACGCAUUUUCCAAAUAAUUACUGAUGCUAAGCAUCCUUUUCUCAUAAACCUAAUUGCCUGCUUUCAGACAAAGGAGCAUGUAAUGUUUGUGAUGGAGUAUGCACAAGGUGGUGAUCUCAUGUUACAUAUUCAACAGAAUGUGUUUUCAGAACCUCAAGCUGUAUUUUAUGCUGGAUGUGUUGUUUUAGGUAUUGAAUUCCUUCAUUCACGGAAAAUUGUCUACCGGGAUCUAAAACUGGACAACUUGCUGUUAGAUUCGGAAGGUUUUGUAAAAAUGGCUGAUUUUGGUUUAUGUAAAGAAGGUAUGGGACCAGAUGACCGAACUUCGACAUUUUGUGGGACACCAGAAUUUUUGGCGCCUGAAGUUCUUACAGAUUCUUCGUACACACGUGCUGUAGAUUGGUGGGGUUUAGGUGUUCUCAUUUUCGAAAUGCUCGUCGGUGAAUGUCCAUUCCCUGGUGAAAGUGAAGAAGAAAUUUUCGACAGUAUUGUUAAUCGUAGCGUUUGCUAUCCUAAUCAUGUAAGCAUGGAAGCUAAAGUAAUCAUGAGGCGCUUACUUCGCCGAAAUGCUACAUUGCGUCUGGGAUCUACAGCUGAAGAUGCAGUAGAAAUCAAAAGGCAACCAUUCUUCCGUAAACUAGAUUUCACAGCUCUGCUGGCAAAAAAAAUAAAACCACCAUUUGUUCCUGAAAUUUCUGAUCCAGAAGAUGUGUCGAAUUUCGAUAAAGAAUUCACUAGAGAAAGAGCAGUUCUUACACCAGCUAGGGAACGUCCUAGUCUAAUGAGUGCAGAUCAGUCACAUUUCGCUAAUUUUGACUAUUAUUCACAUUUUGUUUAAUGUUCUAUAAACGUUCAUUGUCUAUACUAAUUUAUCAGUUUCUAGGUUGAUGAUUACUGGAUUAGUGUAAAAAUAAACAUUCGUAUAUAUGGUUUUUGGUUUUUUUUUCUUUGCAACCCUAUUUCAUUCCUUAUCUAUUUUCUCUUUUUAAAUGCCCUCUUCUCAAUUGUAUGUCAAUGUCUUCCGUAGUUCAUUUACGGGUGUAUUUAAAACUUUUAAUAAAACUAUAUCUAUAAACAUUUUAUCACUUUUUGAAUACGAACAACUAAUUUAUCAUCAAUUAAACUACAUACUUGUUUGUUUGUUUGUUUUUUUCUUGUCAAUCAUUCCUCUUUGUUUACCAGUGCCUUGUUGUAAAAGGCAAUUAUGUUAUGUGAUUUCCAAAUCCACCAAAGUUGUAUUGGUUGUUUCUUUGUUUUAAUUUAAUGGUACCUCAGAUUUUGCCCUGAGCUUUUAUCUCACUUCUAAAGCCAUUUUAUGUAUGUAUUACUGUCAGAGUGUGUUUGCUUUCUUUUUGAACAAAUCUUAUUUUAUUUGUUUUGAACAGCAAUAUUUUAUCUAUUUGUAUUCGUAUAUUACUUACCUUCUUCCUCUCUCCCUCUCUCCCUCUCUCUCUUGAUCAGAUUGACAGCGGUAAUAAUGUAUCAAUUAAUCAAAUGUUACGUGAUUUUUUUUCGUAUGACGUUUUAUUGUUCAGAGCAAUCAGAAUAAGUAAACAAUAUAUAUACACAUCGAUAUACAUAAUCAUCUGUAAAAAUGCUUUAGAGUUCGAAAAUAUACUUAUUGCAAUUUUUCCUUAUGUAUGUGUAUUUGUUUUACAAAGCGGUUGACCUCUUUGAAAUGAAAGUUCACUAGUUGGAG